CACUCCCUUUUGAAGCGCACAGCCACAUGAGUCUUUCCUCCGAGUUCAUCUGCUCUAUCGCUCAUCCUCCACUAGGGCUUCCGUUUGUUUUGACUAAACGAUGCUUCUGCCGCCUGUGUGAAGUUCAUGCACACACAUCCCCGGUCUGGCGUCGCGACCAAUCGAGCUGCUGAGCCGGUGACGCUGCAGAGGGCCGUCCGUCAGUGCGCCUGCAUUCAUAAACGGAUGUGAUAAGUGUUGAAUGUACUGUACAGAGACGAAACUUGCGGACCAUGGCGGAAGAAGACGACACGAAAAUCCGGAUUUUGCAGAGCCUCCGAGGAAAGAUCUGCGAAGCAAAGCAUCUAGGUCUGAGCUCAGGGCCAAACCGCCUCCGUGACCUCUGCACCUUCUGUACCAUAAGUCUGGACCAGGAGGAAGUAUACCGCACAAAAGUCUACGAGAAGAGUGUCAGUCCGUUCUUUGGAGAGGACUUCUACUUCGAGAUUCCCCGCCCGUUCCAAUGCCUUUCCUUCUAUGUGUACGCCAAGAGUAUGUUCCUAAGGGACCUACCUGUAGGGAAAGUAGCUAUCAGGAAGGAAGAUCUAUAUAAGUAUAGCGGGAAAGAGAACUGGUUUCACUUGCAGCCUGUUGACCCACACUCAGAAGUACAGGGGAAGGUUCAUUUAGAGAUGAAGCUAAACGAGUUGAUCACAGAGACGGGAUCCGUCAGCCAGCAGCUCGUCGUCCAGAUAAUUGCCUGUCAGGGUUUGCCGUUGAUAAGUGGGCAGAACUGUGACCCGUACGCCACAGUAACACUUGUAGGGCCAGCCAGGUGCGAUCAGAAAAAAACAAAGGUAAAGAAGAAAACCAGCGAUCCUCAGUUUGAAGAGACCUUCUACUUUGAGUUUCAGGUCACAAGGUCAAGCAGUUUCAAGGGGAAGUCUCAGUUUCAGGUAGAAGAGGAGGACAUAGAGAAACUAGAGAUCAAGGUAGAGCUGUGGAAUAAUGGUAACUUGGCACAGGACGUGUUCCUCGGAGAAACCAGAGUAUCUGUGAAAAUCCUGAGAAACGACCAUAUGCACAGAGCAUGGUACUUGUUGCAGCCUAAAGGAAACGGUACGAAGUCUAAGCCUGAUGAUCUGGGUUCUCUAAGACUGAAUGUAACGUACACUGAGGACAACGUUCUACCCUCGGCCUGCUACACGGCCCUACGCAACCUAAUGCUCAAAUCCCCAGAUGUCAAGCCAAUCUCGGCAUCUGCAGCUCAUGUUCUGGGAGAUGUUUGCAGGGAGAGUGUGGGGUAUGAAGCUCUCCUUCCUGUGGUCAGACUGCUGCUCCAUCACAAUAGACUGCUGCCCUUCCUCACAGCUGUAGCCGCACUGGAGCUGGAGAACACACAAGAGGCCAACACCAUAUUCAGAGGGAAUUCUCUGGCCACUCGCUGUAUUGAUGAUAUGAUGAAAAUUGUGGGCCGAAGUUACUUGUCCGUCACCCUCAAACCUGUUCUUAAUGAGAUCUUUGAAUCAAAUAAAACCUGUGAGAUCGACCCCAUCAAGCUGAGAGAGGGUGACAACGUGGAGGUCAACAAGGAGAAUCUGCAGGGAUACGUACAGAAGGUUUUUACAUCUAUAACACAGUCCAGCUCCAGUUGUCCUCCCCUCAUGUGUGACGUCUUCAGGUCACUCCGACAGCUCGCUUCUAAACGCUUUCCAGCGGAUCCUCAUGUGCAGUACUCUGCUGUUAGUAGUUUCAUAUUUCUGCGAUUCUUUGCAGUGGCUGUUCUCUCUCCACACACCUUUCAGCUGCAGUCGCAUCAUCCUGACCCUGAAAUUACGCGCACUCUUACUCUCAUCUCUAAAACCAUCCAGUCUCUGGGCAGCUGGGGCAGCCUUUCCAAGAACAAACUGUCUAGCUUUAAAGAAACCUAUAUGUACGAUUUCUUCAAGUUAUUCCAAGAAGACGAAUGUAUAGAAAAAGUUAAAAAGUUCUUAGAUGAGAUCUCUUCUAAUGUGUCAAAGGAGUCCAAUGGAGUAGAGGACUCAUUUGUGCUGAAGGAAGGAGAGGUACAUAAACGAGCCCAGGGCAGAAAGCGAAUUGGAAAGAAGAACUUUAAGAAGCGCUGGUUACGAGUGACCAAUCAAGAGCUGUCCUAUCACAAGCAGAAAGGGAAAGAAGCACUGUGUGUUAUUCCUGUGAAAAACAUCCUCGGUGUCGAGAAACUGGAAGAAAGUGCCUUUAAUCGCAAAAACAUGUUUCAGGUAAUUCAUUCAGAAAAGCCUCUGUACAUUCAGGCAGGAAACUGCGUGGAAGCCAACAGCUGGAUCGAGGUGUUGAGUCAGGUCAGCCGCUGUAACCAGGGCCGACUCAGCGCAUUUCACCCCUCCGCUUAUGUGAGUGGAUCCUGGUUGUGCUGCAAGGAACCCAAUGAGAAUGCCGAGGGCUGCAAACCCUGCACUGCGACAGUCCUGGCUAAUAUUCAACUGGACAUCGAUUGUGACAGAGAGACAGAACGAAUCUUCUCUUUCUUCUCCUCCAACCUCUCCAGACUGCAAAAGAUGGAGGAUGCCUGUGCCGGUAUGUCAGUGUAUCUUGGGCAGCAAAAAGAGCAGGAGGAGUAUUCAGCCUUCACUAUACAGGACCCAAAAGAGACCUUUCGCACCAUUAAUGAGCUCAGAGCUGUGCUGGAAGACUUGCGGGCUCACCAUGACUUAAAGGGGGCACUAACCGACGAACCAGGCACUAUUGAGAAUCCUAUAGUGGGAAAGACAGUGUAACAUUAUGGCUGAGGGUCCAAGUGGUACUGACGGCCACGAUAGCAAAUGCCACUGUGUUUGUCGACAUAAAGGAAUACAGCCCUGUGACAAUGCUCGGAGAACGUUCAGAGAACCGCUGCUGUUUCACACGUGACUGAGUCUAACCUCUCCAGCAAAGGCCUGAUGUGCGGUAUUGUGCACAUGGAAGAAUUUGGCCAGUCAAUCAUUGGAAAAAUUGUGCUCUUUUCUAUGUGUGCCUGUCCCAUCUCAGUCUUAUUUCAGUUUUUUUAAGAUUGUUUAGUAACCUAAAGUGUCAGUUGGCACAGUAAGAAAAGAUUCUCAUAACUUCUUCUCCAUUCCUAACCAGGCUGUGAAAGUCCAGACACCUCAAGUCUGUGAGAAAUUAGAGCUGCUAUAAUACUCUUUGAACGAACUCAACCUUUCUCUUUGUCAUUAAUCAGUUAAAUUUAUUCUCAGAGAGUCUGUUCAGGCCUUGGUGGUUUGAUCUUUUUGACAACAAAAUAGCUGUAUAUCAAAGGGAAUAUUUGUUUUUAUUAUUAUUUUUCCUUUUAUCUCAUCCAUCUGUCUGUCCUAUCCCAUAUGUGUGCAUAAAUUUCUAUCUGUAGUGGAUAGAAUUAAUCUGCCUUAUAAAGUCAGUGGAGGUACUUACAAUCCCAAUCUGUGUGUAUGAAUUAGGGACUAAUGCAGAAGCACUUUAGAUAUUUGGAAUAUUCCAGAUGUGAUUGUUUUAGAUACAUGGUAUCAAAAAAGUUUUUUCCCAAUAUUGAUCAGUUACAUGAUCAGCUCUUGUGUAAUGUUGUAUAGAUAACGUACAUAUCCUGUAGAUUUUUACUAGCUAUUUUUCUUACGCCAAAGAAGUUGUUUUGUAGGCUUUCAUGACUUGAAAAAAGGUAUACAUGUAGUUUUCUAAUUACAGAAAUGUAAAAAAGGAAAGCAUAUCUAUAUUUAGUUGAUGUACGUUUUGGGGGCAUCAUCAAUUUUGAUAAAUCAUGAAGAAAUGUUCAAUUAUUACAUCUUUGUAAUUUCCCCCAUGACAAAAGUUGUGAUAUUUUAUUUUAUGCUGUCACAAUUAUAGAUUGUUUGUUCUGAAUUCUGCUUGACAAGUUACAGUCACUGGUUUCAUUUUUGCUUUUUCACAGUUUGUGUUGUUAUUGUGGUCAGAUUAAUAUUGUCAAUUCAUAAUAAUUCCUACCUACUGAUUAAUACAGGUCUGCACAUUGAUUGGUUUCUUAAAGGGAUAGUUCACCCAAAAAGUAAAAUUCUUUCAGAAUUUACUCACCCUCAUGCCAUCCCAGACAUGUAACACAAAGAUUUUAGAAGAAUAUUUCAGCUCUGCAGGUCCAUACAAUGCAAGUGAAUGGUGGCCAGAACUCUGACACUCCAAAAUACACAUAAAGGCAGCAUAAAGUAAUCCAUAUGACUCCAGUGGUUUAAUCCAUGUCUUCAGAGCUGAAAUGAUAAGUGUCGGAGAGAAACAGAUCAAUAUUUAAGUCCUUUUUUACUGUCAGUUUCCACUUUCACAUUCUUCUUGUGUUUUUGGCACAUUCUUUGUGCAUAUUGUCACCUACUGGACAGGGAGGAGAAUUUAUAGUAAAAAAGGAUUUAAAUAUUGAUCUGUUUCUCACACACACCUAUCAAAUCACUUCUGAAGUCAUGGAUUUAGCCACUGGAGUCAUAUGGAUUUCUUUUAUGCUGUCUUUAUAUGCUUUUUGGACCUUCAAAGUUUUGGUACCCUUUCACUUGCAUUGUAUAGACCUCCAGAGCUGAAAUAUUCUUCUAAAAAUCUUCAUUUGUGUUCAGCAGAAGAAAGAAAGUCAAACACAUCUGGGAUGGCAUGAUGGUGAGUAAAUGAUGAGAGAAUUUUCAUUUUUGGGUGAACUAUCCCUUUAAAGUUGGUCAGAAAUAACACCAUUUCCAAUCCUAUAAGAACAAAUACAGUAGGGUCCAAAAGUCAUAGACCAUAUUGAAAAUCAGGGAUUUUUUUUAUUUAAACCUGGAAAUAAAGAAAGAAAUUAAAACAAAAAGUUAUGAGUUAAAAUGAAAAAAAAUAUUUAAGAUUCUGCACUGUUUCUAGGUCAGUAAUGUAAGCAAAUGUGUGAUUUUGACCAUGUUAACUCCUUUGUACUAGGGCUGUCAAUCGAUUACAAACUGAAUUAAUUACAUGAUAUGCCGAUUAAUUAAUCAAAAUAAUCACAAUUAAUCACAUAAAUCAAUAUUUGCUAAAAAGGCACCCAAAUAAAAAUAAUUCAAUAUAUAAUGAUUAAAUAAAUAUAGAUACACUGUAUUUAGAUAAUUAUAAUUAGAAUAUAAAAUAAAUAUAAUAAUUCAGAUAAAUAAAAUGCAUUACAUUAUUGUGGCAGACAAAGCAUUGAUUAUACAAUAUUAAAAAAGAAACAGCUUUAGAAGUCAAUAUAUAUAGUAUUUACAAUCCAGUUCGCAAUUGAAUUCGUUAAUCUGUCCAAGGUAGAUUUAUUAUAAGGGCUUCUCUAAAGAUCCGUCUAUGUACUUAUGCGUCAGAUGGACGCUUUGUAGCGUCUUAUUUUGGUUGUGUUGCAUCAUAAACACAGCAUUUUUGGACGCUAUAAGUUAAACUUAGUUUGCAGCUUAGAUAAACACGUACCAAGAUCCCUGCAUUCGGAAUUGCACUCCAUCCAGCUGUGUUUGAUUGUAAGAACACUUCCUUAUCUAGUGCUGUUUACUGUCAGUAGUGUGGUUUGUUGCCUGUACAGCAGGAGUUGCGAUUACUGCCCUCUGCAGACUGAGACUCAAAAAACAUGGUGGCAUUCAAGCUUGAAUUGCUCCGAUGUUUAUUUUUUAAACAUAAUUAAUCACACUGAAUAAACGCGUUCAAUCGACAGUCCUAAUAAGUUGUUAUUACAAAUUUUGUAUUAAAUUAGAAAAAAAAAAAAAAGACUUUUGGACCCCAGUGUUUGUGAUCACAGAAGAAAGGUUGUUCUAUUUGGCAUACUUGUGGUCUGCAAACAUCUAUUCCUAAUAGCUGAAAUAAACUAAACAACUGACUAGCAUAUAUACCUGUUAGAAUGACAGUAUCUAGUAUAAAAUUGAAGUGUACCUGGCAUGAUCAUUGCUAACCUUAUAUGCUCCCUUAAAACAAGACAACUUAUCAAUAUCAGAGAAUGUUAUCUCCAAAAAUAUGAAAAGAAAAAUUUCCAGCUGCUAAUCUAGGAACAUAAGGACCAACAAAGUUUGGUUUUCUUUGACGUGGCAUCUCAGAGAAAGGAAUCAGUUUCUGACAUACUUCAAAAUAUUAAUAUGCUACAUUUCUUUUCUUUUUUUUCUUUUUUAAAGAUAUAUACGAAUAAUAGGUUUCAGAAUAUUCUGUUCAGUACACACACAGGACUGUGUAAGUUUAAUUUAUGUGCCUCUCAAAAAAUACAUAUUUUCAUAAUUAAGUAUUAGACAGCUGAAAGAUUUAUUCAGCACUGAUAAAGAAAAUUGGAACACAGUUUGCCAUUUGGGCAUGAACAAUUAUGCAACAUUUACCUUCCAGUUAAAAUAUUUGGUGUCAAAAACGUGUAAUGUCUAUAUUUAUAUUUUCAUAGCACACUGUGAACUGAAUGAUGUCAAAAUAUGUUAAUGCAUUGAUCAAAUGGUACAUGGUUUUUAAUCUGGUACUCUGAGGCUCCAGUGAGCUUCAGUAGAAAUGUGGUAGUGAUCUUCCUCAAUUCAUAACAGUGGUGCAGUCCUACAUUAUACUUGUCUGAUCCAAUUUAGUGGUUUCUGUGGCUACAUCGUUUAAAACAACAGAGAUCAUCACAACCAGCAUCCAGUGGCCUUUAAAGACCCCCAUCCCAGACUAAAGAUAUUUAUUUAACAUUCCCAAUUAAGCACUUGGAUUUGAGUGGACAGAAAUAAUGCAUACAAUGUCAUUUUUAUUUUCUUGAAGUCCUUAAUAAAUGUAUAAUGGUACGGAUCUACAAUCACCAUAUCAUAAGAAUGUUUCAAACUGCUAUGUGCUCCUGUUAUGUUUGUGCACAAAUCCCAGCCAUUGAGCUAAAAUGGUGUAAUUGGGUAGAGUAACUCACCCUUUUGAAAACCUUGUAGUUUGAAUGAUGCAUUUCUAAAAUUAUAUUUUUAGAUCAGUAAUGUAGGUCUGUCAACUCCUUUAAUUAUUUGCACAAAUUUGAAAUUUUUUAUGUUUACCCAACUCUCAUUCCUCUUCCAAUGUGUUACUAACUGUACUGGACAUGUUUGCUUUAUUGUGUUAUUUAAAUGUUUUUCUACCAUUAUUUUCACAAAACAAGCUCACGUAAUUCCCCUGUUAUUAGUUCUGUGGAAUUAAUUUGCAAUAAAUAUAUUGUUUGUGUGU